AUGGCGAACCAGGCAGCCACCAGCUUUGACUGUGAUGGAUGCAGCCAUCAUGCUUCCUUCCAUUCUCUGGAAAAUGAGAGCGAGGAUGCAGUACUGAAGAAGUGGGCGGCCAUCGAAUCGAGCAACAACCAGUCGCAAGCUACAGGUGGCUCAAACAGGAAGCGACGUCGUAUCACUGAGGAGGCUGGUCACGAGAUUGAAAUUCUGGAGCUCACUGAAGAUGACAAGGAUCCCGCUUGGGUUGCACCACCAAGUCGCCAUCGAUCCCAAAAGCAAACACGGAGGACUGCUAAGACCUCCUCCGGUCAAGGCCGUGAUCUGUCCUCAAUACAGUCGCACUACUCUUGCAAAGCCUCGAAUACUCGUCCUCAAUGCACACGCAAUGCCCGCGCCAUAGAUCAGAGGAUGGAAGGUGAAACUUCUCAAGAAGGCAUCAGUCUAACUGAACGACGAGAACCAUGCAGGCCACCGCGCCACCGACUUUUGUGCCAAUCAUACUGCAAUUCCAAUCUAGGAAGGCCAGGCAAAUACUUGGAACGCCGCACCAGCUGGGUGGUAUAG